CUCCGUCGCCAUGAGGUUUCACGACUUUAAGCCGGCGUUGUGUCCCGAAAUCCUGGCGGAGACUGAUGCGCUGGGCUUCGAGCACAUGACGCCCGUCCAAGCGGCCACACUACCACUCUUUCUAUCCAACAAGGACGUAUGUGUGGACGCUUGUACAGGAAGCGGUAAGACGCUAUCCUUCGUGUUGCCCAUUGUACAGCUACUCAAGGCUAAACUGGCGGACGGAAGCAUCACGGCACCACGCCACGCCGACCUCACUAAACUCGUGGCCAUGAUUAUCUCGCCUACGCGCGAGUUGGCACGUCAGAUCUUUGAGUGCGCGGAGAAAUUCUUCACCCGGGCACUGCCAAGUGUGCAGCUGCUGCUUUUCGUAGGCGGCACUAGUGUUGACGAGGACCUGUCACUAAUCCGCGGCGCGGUGGGCAAGUGCUCAGUAGUUAUUGGCACACCCGGCCGAACGGAGGACCUGCUGAACCGCUGUGUGGGUUCCAGCGUUGAGACGCGUGAGUUCGAGAUGCUCAUACUGGACGAGGCUGAUACAUUGCUGGAUAUGGGCUUCGAAGUGAGUCUCAACAAAAUUCUGGAGCAUCUACCGAAGCAAAGACGUACAGGAUUAUUCUCAGCCACGCAGACUCAAGAGGUGAAGGCUUUGGCACGCGCUGGACUGCGUAACCCUGCAACAAUCUCCGUACAGGUCACGACCAGAGACUGUCAGCAUUGCACCACUUUGUGCAGUCCAAGAAGGGCGAGAAGCUCAUUGUCUUCUUCUCCACAUGCGGAUCUGUGGACUUUUUCAGUCGUGUGUUGGAGGAAUUAUUCAAGGGCAAAAAUGACUUCCCGGUUGUGGCACUGCACGGCAAAAUGCCGCAGAAGAAGCGUACAACGAAUUACGACCACUUUUCGACCUUGAAAUCGGGGCUUUUGGUGUGCACGGACGUCGUGGCGCGUGGUAUCGAUCUGCCCGAUGUGGACUGGAUCGUUCAGUAUGAUCCUCCACAAGACCCGAACUUCUUCGUGCACCGUGUGGGUCGUACAGCGCGUGCUGGACGCUCUGGUUGCGCUCUCUCCUUCUUGUCAUCAAAUGAAGACGCAUACGUGAACUUUUUGAAGAUUCGUAAGGUGCCGUGCGAAGAGAUGACGCUCCCAUUGGACACGAUGGAGGAUGUACUGCCCAAGGUCAAGUCGUUCAUCCUGGAAGACCGUGAUCUGCUCGAGAAAGGUACGAAGGCGUUUAUGGCGUUUGUACGGUCGUAUAAAGAGCAUCAGUGCCAGUUCAUUUUCCGCUUUAAGGAGCUCGACUUGGGUGCUGCUGCACGUGGCUUCUGUUUGCUUCAGUUACCCAAGAUUAAUGAGCUGCGUAAUGUGCGCAUCAACUUUGAGAAGACAGACAUCAAGACUACUGACAUUAAAUACAAGGACAAGGCUCGCGAAAAGGAACGUCAGAAGAAACUGGCAGUCAUUGCGAAGGAGAACGAGGCGCGGGACAAGAAGAACGCUGAAAUGCGCGAGAAGAAGCGCAAACGACCGCUUGACGAGGAGAAUCAAAAGCAUCCGCGUCGUCGUGAAAAGAAGAAGGGUCUGCACCAGCAAAUUGUGGAGGAAUGGGACGAGUUGGCUGAGGAGGAGAAGCUCUACAAAAAGAUGAAGAAGGGCAAAAUCACAGAGGAGGAGUACGAGAAGGCCCUGCUUGGUAAGGCUGAUAGUUCUGAUGACGAGGAUGACGAGGACGAAGAUGGAGACAUGAAGAAGAAAUCAAAGUGGCAGCGUUCGGAGGAGAAGAUGAAGGAGCGAUUCAAAAAGAAAGAACAGGUGGUGAAGAAGACGGCGGAGCAAAAGCGUGAGGCAGCCAAGCGCGAGGAGCGGAUUCGCAAGCGCAAGAAAUCUCAACAUGUCCAGCGCGCAAUGCAAAGAGCUCAGCGCCGUGCCCGGCGCUAGUUUCAUACGCUUGUGGAUUCGCAACCUGACCAGGUUUGGCAUUGAAGAUAGAGGAUAAUACUAUUCAUUUCACUCCAGUUCUCGUUACGAAGCGAACUGCGGCAGUUCCC